ACUUACUUUGCCUUGGACGCGAUCAGCGAACUUGGGUUCGGCACCCCAUACGGUUUCCUCAAGGAAGAUCGGGACUUGUAUCAGUACGUCAGCACAAAGGACGCCUUCUUCCCAGUGAUGAUUACAAUGGGAAACGUUCCUUGGCUGGCGACCCUGAUGCAUAGCUGGCCCCUGAAUCUGGGCUUGCCGAAGUCUGGUGAUUCGGUUGGGUUCGGGGCUCUCAUGGGCUUUGCCAAAACCUUUGUGGAUGGAAGACUGGCCCCGGGUACGAAGCCCGGGCGAGAUAUGAUUCAGUCUUUUAUUAACGCUGGCCUGACGCGCAAGGAGUUGACACAGGAAGUUUACGUGGAGACGAUUGCCGGAUCUGACACUACCGCAACUGCCAUCCGCAUGAUUCUUCUCUGCCUCCUCUCUAACCCGCCGGCUUUCGUCGCGCUUCGCGCAGAGAUUGAUUCCGCCGUCGCCAAGAAGAUUAUCAGCUCGUCAAUCAAAGACUCAGAAUCACGAUACAUGCCUUAUUUACAAGCCGUGAUCCGCGAGGGCCUGCGUCUUUACCCGCCAUCGACUGGCAUCGUGAGCAAAGAGGUCCCUGUCGGUGGGGACGUUGUUCACGGGUACCGGUUGCCCGCCGGAACACAGCUAGGAGAAAACAUCUGUAGCAUCGGCAGAUCCGAGGAGGUCUUUGGGCCCGACGCACACCUUUUCAGACCCGAGAGGUGGAUCGAAGCGGCCAUGGAAACCGACGAAGAGAGGUACAGGGCGAUGAUGGCGACCACGGAUCUUGUGUUUGGAUAUGGGAAGUUUUAUUGCAUGGGGAGGAGCAUUGCACUGAUGGAAUUGAACAAGAUUUUCGUCGAGCUUCUCCGCAGGUAUGACUUUGCUAUUGCAAAACCCGAAAAGCCUUUGAGGCUCUGGAGCGCCGGGUUCUGGAUAACACACGAUUUUUGGCUGAGAAUUACCAAGAGAGAUAGCAGGUGACAAGUAACCCAGUCACUGCAGUCUUCAGCGUUUCUUUGUCUUUAAAUAUUGGCCUUUGUUUAAAUGGACUAAAUGCAUCUUGCAUCGUCAGUACAAAUAAGAGAUCUACGCAUACUUACAGGUACUCCUAACUACAUAAUAUUCGGUACAUCUACGGAUAAAUCGUUCAAAGAAGAAACUUCAGUCAGGAUACGUUGGUUCAAUCUAUGUUUGGGUUAGCGGCACCUUCUUCUGCAUAGGUAGGUAGUACCGGUAUGUAGAAAGCCCAUUAUCUACCCCUCCCCGAUCAUCUGAGGGGUGGCCGGAAGCUCAUCCGCUGUUACCCGCACGCUUUGGAGUAAGCCAAGAGAUUGUAACAGUGGAGCGCAUCUCGUACAAGCCUCUCAGGUGGAGUGGGCGCUUACAGGACUCCGAGUGGGGUUGGGCAGG